UGAUCCAUUUGUGUAAAAUUACUAAUGGAUGGGCGUUAAUUAUUUAUUUAUCAGGUCUUCCUAAAUUACCUUGAAAUGCCUAACAUGUAGUGAUAUUGAUAAUAUAAAAACCAUCCACAUUUUUGCUGUGACAAUAUAUAUUAAUAAAUAAUAUAUAAUAUUCUAUGUAUGAAAUCAUUCUUAAUUUUCUUAUAACAUAAGUUAUUUUAAUUCAGUUUAUAGUUUAUCGUUUGCUAGAGUUUUUUAUAAUAUAAAUUAUAUUAAUGUAUUGCCUAUAAAACAUUUUUAUUUCGACUUUUUAUUUAAAUACAACACUAUGAGUUUCUUAAGUUUGAUAGGAUUUUUUUUUGUGAUAAAAUUUUUUAUGUAUUUCAUUUUAUUUUUUACUGGUGACUCUGAUUUUGAACUGUGGUGGUACAACAUGUUUAGCAAUAAGCUCGCUCAUGCUUACACAAGAGAUGAUGGGAAAAUCUACAUAGUUUAUCACAAUGAUACAUUAAAAGGUAAAGUGGUUUGGAUAACUGGUGCUUCAAGUGGUAUUGGAGAACAUAUUGCACUUCAAUUAUCUAAAUCUGGAUCUAAACUCAUAUUAUCUGCUAGAAAUAAAGAAAAAUUACUUCAAGUAAAAAAUCAUUGUUUAGAAAUCAGUGGUGGAAAAUUAAGUGCUAAUGACAUACUUGUAUUACCAAUGGAUGUCACCAAUGUUUCAAAACAUGUUUCUUGGUUUGAUAGUGUCAUAAAUCAUUUUGGAAAACUUGAUAUUCUAAUUAAUAAUGCUGGACGCUCUCAAAGGGCUAAAUGGGAAGAUAUAGAACUUAGUGUUGAUCGUGAAGCAUUUGAUCUUAAUGUUUUUGCUGCUAUUAAUUUAUCAAGAAUUGCUGUAAGAUAUUUUAAUCAAAUUGGUAGUGGUCAACUUGUUGCAACUUCUAGUGUUGCUGGAAUUGUACCUCCUCCAUUUUCUGCUACUUAUAAUGCUACCAAACAUGCAUUACAUGGAUAUUUUGGAGCUUUACAACGAGAAAAGGUUCACAGUAAUAUUUAUGUUACACUUUUAUGUCCAGGACCUGUUUUUUCAAAUUUUCUUAAAGAAAGUUUUACAGCUCAUCCCGGAGAAAAAUUUGGGUUGUCUCAUUCACCAACUGAUAAUAGAAUGAGUGCUGAACGGUGUGCACGUUUAUCUUGUAUAGCUAUUGCCAACAAAUUAAAAGAAUCUUGGAUAGGGAAAUUUCCAAUCAUACCUUUACUUUACUUGAGUGUUUAUUACCCAAUACUUUCAAACAAGUUGUAUGAGCUUUAUGGUUAUAAAAUAAUACAAAAAAUACGAGACAACCAACCUGCAGUUUAAUAUUAUAAUAUUGGAAAAAACAUCAAGAAAACAUAUUUAUUAUUUAAAUUUUUUAUUAUAAAUUAUCGAACAAAAGUAUUCUUUAUAUAAAAAAAUUAGACCUGAUUUAUAUUAGUA